AUGGCUCCUCCGCCGCGCUUGCGCAUUUUAUCAGUCGGGAGCAAUGCUAUUUCGGCCUUCCUGUCCUGGAGACUCCAGGCGACCACCUCAUGCGACGUGACGCUGGUCUGGAAAUCGGGCUUCGACGCGGUGGCCCAAUACGGCGUUUCUUUCAAGUCGAAAGCUUUCGGGAACGAACGGUUUAAGCCCCGACACGUGGUCCGUACGCCGGAAGAAGCUUCGUCUCGAGAGAACACCUACGACUAUGUCAUCCUCUGCGUGAAGGCCUUGCCUGAUAUCUACGACCUGGCUUCCGUUAUCGAAUCCGUCGUUACCCCUCAACAUACCUGCAUUCUUGUGAACACAACAAACACCCUGGGAGUCGAGUCGCAUCUGGAGCAGCGGUUUCCGACAAACGUCGUCCUUUCGCUGGUUUCGGGGGUGGAGAUUUCGCAGAUUGGAGCGAGCGAGUUCGAACACUUGAACUCGUCGGACAUUUGGAUUGGCUCCACCAACAAGCAGACCAACAUUCCGAGCUCCAUUCAAGGCGAUAUGGCGGCUGCGUUAGCGAUGACGCUGGGAUCGGGGCAGGUGAACUGCAAGGUAUCGAAUAAUAUCCGACAGGAACAGUUUGAGCGCAUGAUAGGACCAAUUGCAUUUUACCCAGCUAGUGUAAUGUUUGAUACUGGCAACCACGGGCAGCUUCUUGAGAAGGUUGGUGUGCGUCAAUUAGUCACGGACAUCGUCCAGGAGCUUCUCGAGCUGGCCAAAGCAAACGGGUGUUCAUUCCCAAGUGAUUUCAGCGAAAAGACCAUCGCGAGCAUGACUGCCAGUGGAUCGCCCAGCACAAUGUAUCAGGAUUUCCAGGCCCGACGUCCGAUGGAAAUCGAAACCUACCUUGGAUCUCCCAUCAAACUGGCGACCGAAUCAAACGUCCGUAUCCCACGCGUCGAAACCCUUUACGCAGUGCUUCAUCACCUCAACGCCACCAACCUCAGCAAGCCCCGCGACUCCCCGCCUCCUGUGGCGGCCCCGGCGGCUGCUGGUGCCCCCGUGCCUCCCGGUCCCCCCGGUCCUCCCCCUCGCAUGUCUUCCGCUCCCCCUCCGAGAGCCAUGAUGAAUGGUCCCAUGCGUCCGGGUCCCGGCGGAAGAACGAGCACCGGAAUGCCAAUGCCCGGCAGACGGGGACCCCCGGGACCGCCGAUGCCCGGGAUGAUGAGACCUGGCAGUGCCCAGCCUCCGUCGAGUAAAAUGCCUCCCCGCGAGCCUUCUCUGGAGGGUCUCGAGGAGUUCAGCCACCUUGUCGUAUAUGACGACGGGGCCGGCGGCGGCGAAGGCGGGCUACCUCACCAGAACGGCGGCAGCAACGGCUUCCCCGACAUGCCCCCCGGGCCCCCGGGAUCGGCCGAUCUGGCGUUGAGAGAACGGGAGCUGGCGAUCCGACAGCGCGAGUUGCAGAUCCGUGAACAAGAAAUGAUGAGCAUGCGGCGAGGCCCCCCUCGCAGAGGGCCCCCGCCCAAGGCCGCCUUCGACGAGGAGGAUGAAGAUGACUAUUUUGACCCCAUGGAUGCCCUUCCCAUCCCCAACAUCGACCCCGACAGUGUGGAUAUGAUGAGCAUCACCUCCCGAAAGGCCAAGAAGGUCCCGAGUGCCAGCCAAAUACGCAAAAACCCCGAGUUGGGCACGAUGCCCCCGCCUCCCAGCCGGCCGGGCUCUUCUUUCAGCCGGUACUUCGGCGGUGGAAGGAAGCGAGCGAGCGACCGAAUCAUGCAGGAAAUCCCUGGGCUUCAUGAUUCGCUUAUGGACAACCCCAUGAUGGCGUACUCAUCCAACCGUUACGGUGCAGUCGACAGGAAUCAUAUGGCCGCCGGAUCGCGGGCCAAUUCGCUCACGGCCAGCCGGAUGGGUGACUACCCUCCGCACCCUUAUCCCCAGAGCCGAAGGAACAGCCAGUCGCCCGCGACUCCCUACGGUCCUCCCGGCCCUCGGAUGGGCCGCCCCGGGACCGCCCAAGACCAGCACCUAGGACCUCCCCACGGCCCUCCUCACGGCGGCCAACCGUCGCCGCCCGGACAGAUGCGAGCGCCUGUUCCCAGGUACCCACCUGGGCAAGGUAAUGCGGUAGGUCCGCAACAAGUUGAGCAACAUUAUGGGGUGAGCAAACCGUAUUCCGCCAAGGGCACUCCCAAACAUAGAAGUCUGACCGGAAGUGCGAGCGCCAGCGCGGAGAGUGGUGAUAGCGGGGCCAGUGCCAACCUUGAUUCCGAGAACUCGGCGCAUAGCAGCCAAACCAGCCUCGGUGCUCAGCAACCAGCUGCGAUGCCCGUUCGUUGA